AUGAAGGCCACUCUUGAGUCUCUCACCUCCCACUAUGACCGCAUGACCAACUUCAUUGCCAUGAUAACUGCCAGAGGGGAAAUUGUGCAGCGUGCCAUUACUCCAAUUUCCAGGUGCUGCCAGGCUGUGGUGGUGUUCUCAGCUGUCACACAAAACUACAGCAACUUUGUUCUGGGAAACGCCCAGGUGCAGUCACUCUACCCCAUCGUUUACUGCUCUGAUGGUUUCUGUGAGCUCACUGGUUACGCCCGUGCCGAACUCAUGCAGAAGAGCUGCGCGUGUCACUUCCUGUACGGCCCAGAAACGAGCGACCGGUCAACGGCCCAGAUCCAAGGAGCCCUGGAUGAACGGAGGGAGUUCAAGACUGAGCUGGUCUUCUACAAGAAGGAAGGUACAAAGUUCUGGUGUCUUCUGGACAUUGUACCGAUUAAGAAUGAGAAGGGCGAGGUGGUUCUUUUUCUCGUGUCCCACAAAGACAUCACUGACAAGAAGAAGGAGCAGGACCCUGAGCAAGGACCUGAAACUGAUGAAGAGACGGGUCUGGAGGUGCAUCAGGUGACUCGCCCUCCGGGCUUCAACGCCAAUCGGCGCCGCAGCAGAGCUGUGCUCUAUCACCUGUCAGGACACCUGCAGAAACAAGACAAGAGCAAGCUCAAGAUCAACAAUAACAUGUUUGGGGAGAAGCCUCCAAUCCCGGAAUACAAAGUAGCAGCCAUUCAGAAAUCUCGCUUCAUCCUGCUCCACUAUGGAACCUUCAAGGCCGGCUGGGAUUGGUUAAUUCUGCUGGCGACUUUCUACGUGGCCGUCACUGUGCCCUAUAACGUGUGUUUCACGGUCGGGGGAGGGCGGGAUGAAGGCAGCGCCUCACGCAGCCCGCCCAGCGUCAGCGACAUCCUCGUCGAGAUCCUCUUCAUUUUAGACAUAUUGCUGAACUUUCGAACUACAUUUGUGAGCACGUCGGGUCAGGUCGUCUACGACGCCCGCUCCAUCUGCGUUCACUACGUCACCACCUGGCUCUUUGUUGAUCUCAUUGCCGCCCUGCCCUUUGACCUGCUGUAUGCUUUCAAUGUCAGCGUGUACUUUGGUGUCCACCUGUUGAAGACAGUCCGGCUUCUUCGGUUACUGCGGCUGCUGCAGAAGCUGGAGCGCUACUCACAGUACAGUGCUGUGGUCUUGACCCUGCUGAUGUCCAUGUUCGCCCUGCUGGCGCACUGGAUGGCGUGUGUCUGGUACUUCAUAGGUCGAAGGGAGAUUGAGAGCCAAGGAUCAUCAGACAUAGGUUGGCUCCAUGAGCUGGCCAAACGUCUGGGUACCCCGUAUUUCCCUGCUGCCCUGACAACGCUGUUCCCCUCCACGGUCAGCAGCAUUCCAGCCGACAGCAGUCAGUGGAACGUGUCUGGGUCAGAGGUCGCAGGGCAAGGAACCUGGAAUUCUAGCCAGCAUUACGGGAAUGUUUCAGGAAGCGAGACUGCAUCUGGGACGGCUGGUGGGAGUGGGAGUUUCAGUGUGCUGGACGGCGGGCCAUCAAUGCGCAGCAGCUAUGUGACCUCCCUCUACUUUGCUCUGAGCAGUCUGACCAGUGUAGGGUUUGGAAAUGUGUCAGCCAACACAGACUCAGAGAAGAUCUUCUCCAUCUGCACCAUGCUCAUAGGAGCACUGAUGCAUGCAGUUGUGUUUGGCAACGUGACGGCCAUCAUCCAGAGAAUGUACUCGCGCCGCUCGCUUUACCACACCCGCACCAAGGACCUGAAGGACUUCAUCAGAGUCCAUCGGUUGCCCAAAGCUUUGGAGCAGCGCAUGCUGGAGUGUUUCCAAACUAUGUGGUCGGUCAACAACGGGAUCGACGUUAGUGAGCUUCUGAAAGACUUCCCAGAUGAGCUGAGGGCUGAUAUCGCCAUGCACCUGAACAAGGAGCUGCUCCAGUUGCCUCUGUUUGAGUCAGCCAGCAGGGGCUGCCUGCGUUCCCUCUCCCUCAUCAUCAAGACCUCCUUCUGCGCUCCAGGGGAGUUCCUCAUCCGGCAGGGAGACGCCUUGCAGGCUAUCUAUUUUGUCUGCUCAGGUUCCAUGGAGGUCCUGAAAGACAACACUGUGCUGGCUAUCCUAGGUAAAGGAGAUCUAAUUGGCUCAGACUCCCUGACGAAGGAACAAGUGAUCAAAACCAACGCUAAUGUCAAGGCCCUGACUUACUGUGACCUGCAGUAUAUCAGCCUCAAGGGUCUCCGAGAGGUUCUCCGACUUUACCCUGAGUAUGCCCAGAAGUUCAUCAGCGAGAUACAACAUGACCUGACUUACAAUCUACGAGAGGGCCACGGGGCUGAUGUGGAUUGGGAGAGCAACGGUGGCUUGGUGAAGAAGCUGCCGUCCAUCCGCGAGGAUGAGGAGGGUGAUGAGGAGCAGAGCUCCGUGUCCCGAGCUCCUCGCUCCCCGCUGCAUCUCAGCAGGGGCCUCAGCUCGCCCCUGCGCUCCCCUCUCCUGCCGCCUCGGCCUUUCCGUGCUCCCUCCGACCACUCGCGCCCUUCCACCCUGCAGAUACCAGUUGUGAGCUUGAGUGGUGCACCACCUGAACUCAGCCCCAGAUUUGUGGACGGCAUUGAAACAGAGAACAAUUCCACCACAACACAGAAGUUUGAGUUCAGCCCCAGCCUGUCACCUGCCCCUCCGCCCUCACCGUACGCAGGGAUCCGUGAGCACUCUGAGAUCAAGCAGAGUGUGUCUAAACUGACUGAGGAGAUGAACGGUCUGUCUAAACAAGUUUCCAAGCUCAGUCAGGAGCUGCAGGAAAUGACACGCCUGCUCAAGCCCCUCCUCCAAAUGGCACCACAGCCAGUGCUGAUGACCAUGAUGCCAAAUUUAACAUCACCUCCCAGUAGUGCCAGCCAGCUGUCAUCAAGCCCUUGCCCCGGGGCGCCACCCCCUUCCACAGUUUUUUCCCACCAGAGACCUGACACUCAUUCCCUGUUAGAUAGCAGAGACACAGAGAGUUCAGAUUUGCCAGGAUGCCUUCUCCCAACUCCUCACUCACCAAAAAGGCCUAAUUCAACUCCUUCAGCAUUAGCAGAGACCCCGCCCAAGCCCCCAGGGGCCAAUAGCCAAGGGUCUGCUGACUCCAACCAUCAGUCGCCAGAGGAAGGAUUUCCAGAGGGGCGCGUGGACUCCCGAAGACUCCGUGCCUCCUCCAGUAACGGGAUAUUUUUCCCCUCGCUGCAGGACCAACCUCCUCUGGCCUCUCGCACCCCUUCACCUUCACUCUCCUUCUCCAUGUCUCUCUCUUCCUCAUCAUCUUUUUCCCCAUGCCAAGGACCUCACCUCUCCCGACCUGGCAGUUGUGCCAGCAGAGGCCCGCUCAUCCCACCUGCCUCUCAGGACACUCACCCUCCCCUGUCCUCUCACUUUUCAGCUCCACCAUCGCUCACAUCCUCCCCUGGAAGUCAUCGGCUGAGGCCUUCCCCUUCCGUGCCAGUCGUGUCCCCUAACACCUCUGUCCAUCCCUCCAGUCUUUCUCUGCCCUUGUCUUUGGAAGCUGCAAACGCAAGGAGAAGAGAUAACCAGACUCCAUCUUGGUGCAACUCACAGCGACACUACCGAGGGGCAAGACCCGUUUCUCACCCCCAGGAGCUGGAGAUGCAGGAGCGGGGACGACACCUGGAAGAGGAGAAGUCCUCCUCAGAGCACAUCAGUUUCAUUGAUGAAGAGGAGCCAGCAUUAUGAACGGCCUGUGCAAAAGAUGUCAUUCAAGUAGCAGGAAAGAUGUAGGACAAGAGUUUAAAGAGGUCAGAGCAAGUGCAAGGUAAAGACAACAAACACAGGGAACAGAAAGCUGGUCCAUUUCACACAGAAAGACAUUUGUCAGGCAGGAGAUGCCAGACGGACAGACAGGUAAACACAAAAUACAGUGUGAAGGAAUGCUUUCCUCUACAGAUCAACCACAGAAUUACAAUAGCACAAACAGUCUUAUAGCAUCAAUGAUCCAGUAGCAUGAGUCAAACACUGCAGAGCCAGAGCACAUCUAUUUAUCUCUCCACCCUGAUGAAGCUCUAUCGCUUUUUAAUCCUAGUAAGUCUCCUCUUCAAAGGGCAGGCACAAACACAUGCAUCUCGGCAGGAAACGCGUCUUUACCCAAACUAGAUAAUCCAAGCCAACUGCACUGGGACUAAGAAUGUAAGCCCUUCAGUGGUCUCAGUCACCUCACCUGGAAGGUUCCUGUGCUUCAUCAAUGGGAUUAUUUUUUGGGGGAAUGCAGUUAUCUGCCCCUGGACUGGUUAAAAAAAUACAGCUUUUUAUCGAAUAACCUCAGACUAAAUGGUUCUACAAAGUGUUUUUUACAAUGUUUCUUAUUGCCCCCUUUCACACACACACACACACACACACACUAAUGACAGCAGAACUGUCAUUAGUGUGGCGCCCGCACUGCAUUUGGGAACAACUUGGGGAUUCAGUGUCUUCACCAAGAAAACCUGGUGAUUUGUUUGCAGCCUGUUUUAUCACCUAAGCCACAGGUGAGCCAAGAAUUGAUUACAUGCCCAUUACACACAUUCACAAAGAAGAUGUUGAGCUUGGUUUUAACUCAGGAAUGCAAACUUGUCACAUCCUGUAAAAAAAACUAAACAAAAAAACUGACAUUCUGAAUCCACAGACAGUAUAAAAGAUCGAUGCAGCCACUGUGACCUUAUCCCCAGGUUUGUGAAGUCCUGCUUUGAAGCCUUGAGAUGAGUCGUCAUCUCGGCUUUUGGGAACUGAACUUAACAAGCAAGUGGCAGUUCUGACUGUGAAACCACGUGCUCACUGACUUGUCAAGCUAGCCCAGGGAAUCCUAUUGACUCAUAGAACAACCACAAUUUCUAAAAAGUUCUUUAUAGAAUUAUUACUUUUAUACAAUUUAUAUAAAAGUAUUAAUGUAGAGUCUUUACCUUACAAUACAGAGGGCCUUGAGGUUCACAGAGUUCAAGCAUGAUUAUCAUUUUCUGACACUAGCACCAAAAGUCUGCGCAACCACAGCUAUCGCCCCAUGGUGGCCAUUAGAAAGAAUGCAGGUUUAGGUUUUCUUCUGCGUUAGCGUCAUUUCUCAUACCGUCCACGUCUGAAUUCAGAAUAGAUCUAUUGCGUGAU